CCCCGGCGGGGAGGCGCGGCGCGGCGCUGAGGCGGAGGGAAGCUCCGGCUUCCUUCACGUGAUUUCGAGGAAAAGGCAGCGAGCGGCGCCGCCCGCGAGGAGCCGCCGCCGCGGGACCCGCGCCCCGUUUCAAUGGAUUUGACAUAUCCACCAUAUUCCUUAGAAAAUAACGGUUUUCGUAGAGAAAUCACUGACUCUUCUGGCCCAUCAACGGAUGAAAUGGAAAGUCUUAAAGAAGAAUUGGAGAGAUGGAAGGAAAGACUUAGAAAAGCUGAGAAGGCAAAAGCUGAUCUUCUCCUUUGUAAAUUGAGUGCUGAUGAAGAGCGUUGUAAAGCACAGGAUGAGCUGACAAAGCUAAAAGACUUGCGAGAGAAACAGCAUAAGGAAAGCAGUAUGUCUAGGGAAAACUAUGAGAUAGAACUCUAUCUGCUAAAUCAGGAAAACAGUGAGCUGAAGAGAGAGAUUGAAAAGCUCAAAAAAGACCUUGCAAUAAAUAACUCUGUGCUUUCACAGGAUGGUCAGAUUAAAAAAAAGAUAGCAGAAAUGAAAAUGAAAUUCGUUCAGAUGGAAGAUAUGAAGGAUGAUAAUCCAGAUAUGAAUACUCACUGUGUUUUUUAUGUAACUACAAAAAUCCCAUUCAAACUGGAUAAAAACCAAGCACUGCUUACUUUUGAAGAUGAGAAAGUUGCCCAGAGGCUGAUAAAAAUGGAUAAGCAUACUGUGAACCUGGACAGUGAAAUAGCGAAUGUGAGAGUGAUGCCUUUUACACUUCAAAUGGGAAUCAAAUUUAAGCUCCAUAUCACUAUUUCUGGAAAGAAGAUCAAUGUUUCUGAAAUACCAGAGCUAUCAAUUCCUAAUGACUGGAUGAGAGACAAAUUAGAGCUGCAUUUCUACAAAUCUGAACAUGGAGGAGGAGAAAUAGAGAGUGUAAAAUAUGACAAAAGAUCUGGAACAGCUGUUAUUACAUUCCUCAAACCUGAAGCAGCUAGCAGCUUUGUGAGAUGCGCUAAACGUCCUUUCUUUGUGAAUGGAAGGUGCUGUAUGGUUUCUGUGUUCCCCAGCACAGAAGAACACUUGGAAGAGUUUCAGAUCUGUUCUGGGAUUUCUAAGAAGACCAUUCUGUUGCAAGGAAUUCAAGAGACUGAAGAUGAUGAGGAAAGUGUACAGGACAUGAUUGAAAUUCAUUUUCAAAAGCCUAGUAAUGGUGGUGGGGAAAUAGAGAAUAUUAAAUAUGUAUCAAAAGGGGUUAUGUGGGCUUAUUUUGAGGAGGAUACUUAAUGAUACAUGAAGUGUAGGUAGAACUCUCGAAGUCCUGCGUUUUUGCUUUUUCAGAGGCAUGGGAAAUUAUGCAUCUAGUUAUUGUAUAAUUAUGCUUUAGUAUUCUGAAAUCUAUACUUGAAAAAGAGGAACUACCUGCCUUUUUGAUUCAACUAAGCAUAGAGAUUCAGUGAAAAAAACUGCUUGUGGUUCCAGAGAUUCCUGAUGAAAGUCGUGAAAAAGGCCUUUAUCAGCACUUAAUAUAUUAAGAUUGCUUUCUGCAAAUCUGAAGGCUUUGUAUCUUCAUAUUUUAGAUCAGUGAUAUACUCCAAAGUGGGAUAAAUCUGCUCCUUCUUAAAUUUUGAUUAGGAAAACCAGCCAUAACGCCACUCAAAAGUGUUCUGACAGGCCUGCUUUUUUGGUGCCUUAACUUCAAAAAGUCUCUCUCUGAGACAGCUCUAGUCCUGAUUAGGUUACAAGGUACCACCACACCUCAAGAUAAAUUCAAAGCAUUUACUUUGUAGUUGAAUAAAAUUUCUGUCAACAAAUUAGUGAUAAAAUGGCAAUAGAGAAAGGGACUAUAUGUAUGUGUAUAUGUAUACAUAUAUAUGUAUCUGUCAAAUGGUGAUUGUUAUGGAAGAGAUUUAGUCAAGAAAUUGCACCUUAUGAGAAAUACAGUGUUCCUAAUUCAGCUGUUGAAAUGCUGUCAUUUCCUUGAGGAUCUGGUCCAACUUCUGCUGAGCUUCUAUUAAGAUAACAGCCUGGUUUGCUAGAUUUUCUUAUUUUUGUUUCUAGAGUUACAUUUUUUCCUUUGUUCUGUGUGUUUAUUUUUCUUAAUUUAAAAUGCUACCAGUGCUAGCUACAAAUUUAGAUGAUUCUUCAUCUAAAACAGAUUGCUUUGUAACAGUACUGGGGAAACGAUCUAAUGAUGCAUGCUGCAUCCGAGGUAUUUGUUGCAUGUGACUGGCCAGUUUUCCAACUCCAGAAAUGUAGGUAUGGAGUCAGCUGGAAAAAAGCAUAAAAAUUUUAGGGUAAAUUAUUUUUUCAGCCUUUAAACUCCUUUUGAUUCCAGUUCAUCCUCUCAGUUCUCAUUCUAAAAGAUCUUUGAAAAUGGAAGUGCAAAGUCAGAGAAGGAUUUAUUUUCCCCCCAAGGGUGGAUAUUUUUGCUUUUCUGCUGUGGUCUUAUUUACUUGCUACCUUGGAGUCUGAAACCGUUUGGCAAUAGUAAUCUUCAAAGUAGUAUAGGUCCAACAUGAAAAAUAACACUUCAUAAUAUUUUAGAUCUUAGUAUGCAAAAAAGGAGUAUGCCCUUAACUCUAGUGUAAGAAGAGCCCUACAGAUACACCUCAGAUAUUAUUAUUCUAUAGAAGUUGUAUUUUUCAAUUAAUAAACAAUAAAUAUGUUUGAAUAUAGAAAACUAAAAGGCUUGUACCACCACAGUUGAUUUUGAAGUUACUGGAAGAAGAUGCAUGUGAUUGUAGCUCCUCUUACUGUUCAGUGCAUGCAAAGGCAUGGAUUAUCUGACAACUGUGAAGGAAAAAAAUAAGUAAGUAGUGGAGUACUUGUGAGGACUGUGUACUUGUGCCUAUAGCUUUUUUAAGUCUAGUUUACAAGAUCAAAUGCCUUAAAAAGAAAGAAGGGAAAGAUUUAAUGAAGAUUACUUAAAAAAAAAAAAAAAGUCAGGAAUUUUAGCCAUACCUCACUGAUAAAUGCUGAGAAGUAAAUCCUUGGAGGAGAAGGUUUAAAAUUUUCAUAAGGUCCCAUAGCAUGUGGGACUAGUGAUAAGAGACAGGUUUCAAGUACUGAGGAUGAGACUUUUAAUAAGAUAUUUGUGAACUUCUCAAAUUGGUUAAUUUUCUAUCUGAUACACUGAUUAUACUAUUUAAAUUUAAAAGCAGUAGCAGUGCCAUAGAAAGGCAACGGGAAAUAAUUUUUCGAGGAAGAAUGCCUACUUAAUGAAUUUAUUUUUUGACUAGGAGUUUGCACAAGAGCUUUUUUUAUGCAUGUAUAGAUGUAGCUUCCACGAUGUGGCAGACCUUACAGCCGAAACAGCCCUUAUAGUGAGACGUUUGGAUGUCGCUGCAGCUGUAAAAACUCAGUAAAGCACUUGGACGGCG